AUGGAUGCUGGUGCCACCACAGAUGGUGCUGAAGCUACGGAUGGUUCGCGUGAUAUUGAAGAUGUACCCAGUGAUGGUUCCUCAGAUUCAGACGCCGCUGUGCCCAGUGACGGAGUUGUAUCCGCACCCGCGAGUGAAGCCAUUCAUGUCUCUCUGGGUAGCGAAGCAGCUAACGUACUUGGAGCAACUGAAAGUCUCAUCAUUUUUGCCUCUUAUGAUGUUGGAAGCGGCGCCACUGAUGCUGCCGAACCUACCGACGACUCGCGCGAUAUCGUGGACGAAUCUAGCGUAACCUCCAGUGCCGAAAUCACAGAUGACAGUUCCGAAGGUCUCUUAGUCCCACAGUCGGCACAGUCUUUGUGUCCUCCCGAGCACCCAUUUGCGUACUUGAACGGUGUAUUCUGUUGUGCCACUGGUUUGGAUAAUGCCUCACGACCCGUACCUAUCUAUGCUGGCAGCACAAGUUGCCAGGACAACGAAUUCACCCCUUGCCCCAAUGGGACUAACUGUGACAAUGCGUUUGCAGACAUAGCCGAAUCCGACGCUGCUUCUGACACCAACGAU